GGCCAUAGUAUAGUAGACUUUUCAAUGUCUAAGCGCACCGUGAAAAUGGGCGUGAUGGGCCGCUACGGGGCUCGCUAUGGUGCGAACCCCCGUAAGCGCGCCAAGAAGCUUGAGGUUUCCCAGCACGCCAAGCACUUCUGCUCUUUUUGCGGUAAAUUUGGCUUUCGCCGAAAGGCCGUUGGCAUCUGGCGCUGUGAGGGCUGCGGAAAGACGAUGGUCGGUGGUGCUUAUACCCUGAGCACUCCCAACAACAGUACAGUCCGAUCCACCGUGCGCCGCCUGCGCGAGCUCGGAAAGAACUAAGACGAUGGUCUAGGGCUUUAUUUUUUGUUUCAUUUUAUGAGAUUUUCAAAAAAGUCGUUCGUGUUGUGUUUUCUUUGCCUCUCUUCUUU